CUGCAUUUCGAGCAUAUCUGUUGAAUAGAAAGCCUUAUAGAUGAAGAUACGUCACGUGAUAGUAUUUCAAGAUUGGCGAAAACCCCCGCUGCUUGUAUUCAUUCGCUGACUGGAUACGGUUUGUGGGUUUUCCCGGAAAGGUGCUCAGCUGCAGUAUGGACGCAGUCGAUGAUCGCGAAAUCAAGCUCCAGCGGGCUUCAGGAGACCUCGUCAAAGAGUUCCUGGAGAAAUUGCCUUCGCUACUCUGGAAGCCACCAGCCAGCCCGGAAGGUGCCCGAGUCCCGCGGCGAUGGACCUUGGCCUCGAAAACUGAAAGGCUCGUCAAUCUUCUGGAACCGUUUCAGGAGUGGCCGCAGUUGCUCGAUCCACACCUGCAAUCGCUUUUGCCCACGCUUGUUGAUGCUUUUUUGGCAUACUUGCUAGCCCAUCGAAACAAGUAUGCGAGCAAAAUAUCUAGUCAGGAGCACAAGGCUCUUUAUCCCCUGCCGAGGGCUGUUUGCAGGCUGCUGUACACCUUCUGUAAGGUUAGAGGGGUCAAAGUUAUCAGCAGGUUUUUGAACAAUGAACCUAAGUACCUUGACCCUAUGCUGCGGGCAUUUAUUGAGUGGGAUACAGCUCAGCCGGAUCAUUCUCAGGAUCACGCUGCAGACAUAUCAAAGCGAUUGAUCUGGGAGGAGCGUUAUGUGAUGCUCAUUUGGCUGUCGCACUUGUUGCUGGCGCCGUUUGAUCUGUCUUCUCUGUCAUCAGACGACAUACCCAUACCUCACGAGGGUAUUGGGCCACUUGAGUUACUGUCGCCGCAGACGCCCGCGGUAGCGAGAUCCCUGCUUUCGGUGACACUGACAUAUGUCAAUGUCGCAGGAAAGGAGCGUGAAGCCGCAACAAUGCUUCUUGCACGACUUGCCCUGCGCCGGGAUAUGCAGGCUCUAGGGAUUUUGAAGAUCCUGACUGACUGGGCUUUUGCAGUUAUCCACCCUCCUGCUGGCACUGAACCUUCUGCCGCUUAUGGGUACAUCGGAAUACUCUCGUUCCUUGCCCGUUUGGCUGCAUCUGGUCAAGCUGAGGACUUUUCCCCUCUUAUAAUUCCUGCUUUCAAGCAGACUAUGCGUCUCUUUCAACACGCCACACCAGUCUCUCGGGUGAUCUUGUCAUCUGCUCUGGCUCGAAAGACUAUCAUAAAGUUCCUUCGAUCCAUCACUGUAAUGACUUUGUCCCUCAGCGAGAAAAGCAACAGUGUACUCUCAGAAGAUCACAUCUCUUACAUAUUAGAGGAGGCAAUCGAUCAUUUCUUGACGGCUCUUGCGGACAAGGACACGCCUGUACGAUUCGCCGCGAGUAAAGCGCUGAGCAUUGUCACCUUGAAGCUGAAUCCAGACAUGGGUAAUGAGGUCAUUGAGGCAGUCACUGGCUCUUUGGAGGACAAUAUUCUAUUCGAGAAGAGGGAUGGCACGAUUAUCACGCCAGCCGAGGCAAGGCGGAUUGGAACAGGCACGCUGAAACGAAACCUUAGUGCAGUUGACGCGCAACGGUGGCAAGGCUUGAUCCUUACCCUCGGUCACCUCUUGUUUCGUCGUGCUCCUCCGACUCAUCAGUUACCCAAUGUACUGCAGCCACUUGUUUCCGGGCUAGAUUUCGAACAGAGAUCUUCUACGGGGAGUUCCGUCGGUACUGGUGUUCGAGAUGCCGCAUGCUUUGGUAUAUGGGCGUUGUCGCGCAAGUAUACGACCAAGGAGCUGCUCGCAAUAAAUGGACAAGCCAUCAACACCUCGACAAAUCAGUCCGAGACUAGCAUUCUUCAAAUGCUCGCCAUUGAGCUCGUUUGUGCGGCCUGCGUUGAUCCGUCAGGAAAUAUUCGGAGAGGCUCCUCUGCCGCACUGCAAGAGCUUAUUGGUCGUCACCCUAAUACCAUUGUUGAGGGGAUACCUCUCGUACAGGUGGUAGACUACCAUGCUGUAGCACGGCGGUCAAGGGCAAUGAUUGAGGUCGCAAAGGCUACGGCUGAUUUGAGCACUCAAUACUGGGAACCUCUGGUCGAGUCGCUGAUGCAAUGGAGAGGCAUUGGUUCUUCGGAUCGGGAAUCGAGGAGACAUGCGGCAACAGCACUUGGGGUUCUGAGUACGCAAAAAGGGUGCAACACUGUGCGUAUGGUACUAAACAAACUACACAACAAACUUCACAGCAUCCCUCGCAGCGAUGUCGAGACGAGGCAUGGGUGCCUUCUUGCAAUGUCUGCCGUUAUCGAUGCGUUUAUCGCUUUGAGACCUUCCGAGAGCGAUGCCAGUAAUGACGCACGCAGUGUUGGCCAACAGAUAGCUGAUUUUUGGGACAUCUUCGGCUUACCCAUUGGGCCGAGUAAGGACGAUUUGACGCUACAGGCCUCCCGCCCAGAACUCACGGCUGAAGCAUCUUCAUGCCUUAUAUUCUCCCUGUCUCAGUCCUUCUCUUGUGUCCGAGAGCUCCGAGGUUCCUUGCCGUCGCACACGUUACUUGGCCAUGCUUGCAAGACUCUUCUGCUCUGUCUUUCUAGGAGCGACGAUAUCUCUAUAGAGUCCUCAUCAAAGGCAAUCUCACAGCUCUGGCCCUUACUGCCGUCCUCAAAGCAGGAAGAGAUUAUACAGGGUUGGUUUACGUACCUUCGAACGACUCGAAACUUGCCCACGGGCCGAGGUCAUAUUUCAGUUCUGGGCUCCAUUUUCAGCAAACUUGAUGUUGGCGAUGGUUCUCGGCAAGCCAUCGUUGAGGAACUUGUACGGUGUGCUGAGAAAGAAGAGCUAAUUGAGAAAAGAGUUGCCGCUGUCAAGAGCUUGACAACCGGUGUUCUACAGCAUAUCGAUGUGACCGACGAUAUCGCAAAUAGUCUCAUCGGCUUCCUGAACGACUAUACAACAGACAGGCGCGGUGAUAUCGGAUCACUGGUUCGAUUAGAGGGUAUCCAGGCAGCUAGAGUCGUCAUUCAGAUGGAGGCGGGCGUCGCAAGCCAGUCCUAUAUCAAGAACGUAGUCGGCUGUCUCUGUCGUCUUGCAGCUGAAAAGCUGGACAAGGUCCGUCUCGAGGCCUGGCUUUGCCUCCAAAUAUUCUGGGAAUCUGCCCACGACUUCCCACCGUUGCAGAGACCCUAUGAGCACUUUAGCCAAGUAUCUUCCCCCGAUUACUUUCUGCAACUGCUUGGACUUCAGGCAGUUGACUGGUUACGUCUUCCGUUGUUACAGGGCCUUGCUACCUCUGCUGUUGCUGGGUCUGAAGGACUGAUUCGAUCGGCCCGUUCAGCUUUGGUGCAGAACAUAAACACCCUUGCAGCAGAACAGCGGUCCGAAACAGUGACUUCGAUUCUCCAAGACUUCCAGUUAAUUCUGAACGAGAAGCUUCCAGAUGAUCGGUAUGCUAUACCAAUCUUAGAGCUAUCGGCCUUUUUGUUAGAUGGAUAUAUCGCCUCGGCACCUGGAUUCUGGGAUCCAAGUCUAAGAAAGUGGUUUGUCGCUAUCCAGAGGGCGCAUUUCAAGACGGCGAAUAUUGCCAGGCUUGAAGCGGCUAUACGGGCCUAUGCACCUCUCUCGAGACUGGAGCAAGUACGGGCUGAGGUGCUGAAGAAGCUGACGGGGUUGUUGCUGCAUCCAUUUCCAAGAGUUCGUGCUGCAACAGCAGAGUAUUUGUUCAUGGAAACGGAACUUGAUGUGGUGAAGCUAGAGGAUUGGACUAGGCAGCCGAAGGAACUGAAGGACAAGGUUGAGGAGGUCAGGGGCUUAUUAGCUUGUAAAUGAUUGCAUAGCGCAAAAAGACAAAAAGAAAUCCGAAUGCAUCAUCCGUGAAUCGAACACG